UGUCCUACAUCUGCCGCCGUAACGGUAACGGUACCGGGCUGCAGCUUGCCAGCCCCUUGGCCUGUACUGUGUACCACGGCCCACUAGUGUCCUGUAUAGCCAGCAUAUAUAACUCAAUAGACCUCCCGUCCUGCGUACGAGUCACGUUGCUCGUAGCACUCACUAAUUGUAUUUGUACUAAGACAAUAUGGUGAGAGUACUGGACGUUGUCGCCAUCGUCGCAGUUGCGACAACUGCAACGGCACAACAACAGAGCGACUACGACCCUCUCCAGUAUGUAGACCCGCUGAUUGGGAGUGCAAACGGAGGCAAUGUAUUUGCAGGCGCUUCCAUCCCGUAUGGAAUGGCAAAAGCUGUGGCAGACGUUGAUAGCCAGAGUAAUCAAGGAGGCUUCUCAAGCGACGGCGGCAACGUGACGGGCUUCUCGACCAUGCACGACAGCGGGACCGGUGGCUCUCCCUCUUUGGGUACAUUUGCGUUCUUCGCCUACCCCGGAUGUGAUGGCGACGAUAUCAAUCGCUGUGUGUUCCCCAAGAAUGCGAGGAAGGUCGGCUACGUCAACGACUCUAUCAAGGCCAAGCCCGGCUCCUUUGAGAUAUCACUUGUCAAUGGCCUUUCCGCCGCCAUGACCACAACACAUCACACUUCUCUGUUCAGCUUCACCUUCUCAGAGCCAUCGACCAGCCCGCUCAUCCUGCUCGACCUCACGGACCUGCAGAACUCGAGACAAGACAAUGCAUCGAUCUCGGUAGAUGCAGACACUGGCCGCAUGACCGGCAGUGCACGAUUCCUACCAUCCUUUGGCAGCGGCAACUAUCUUCUUCACUUCUGCGCGGACUUCAAGGGCCCCAGCAUCCGCGACAACGGCAUAUUCGCCAACAGCCGGGCAAGUGCAGACGUCAAAGACCUCCAGAUUUCACGGUCGAUAAAUGGCUACCCCUUGCCGGGCGGAGGCUUCAUCCGGUUCGGCUCCGGGGAAGGGCCGCUCCUUGCCCGCAUCGCGACUUCCUUCAUCAGUCCUGAGCAGGCAUGCUCCCAUGCGGAAGAGGAAAUCGGUGACUUUGACUUUGACAGAGUCAAGAAAGCUGCAGAGGAUAUGUGGCGCGAAAAGCUCAGCCCUAUCAAGCUUGACUUUACAGGCGUCGAUCCUGAUCUGGUAAAGAACUUUUACAGUGGUGUGUACCGUACCAUGGUCAAUCCGCAAGACUACACCGGCGAAAAUCCGCUCUGGAAGAGCGACGAGCCAUAUUUUGACUCGUUUUAUUGUCUUUGGGAUAGUUUUCGGUCGCAGAUUCCAAUGCUUACCAUCAUUGACACAACUGCUGUCGCUCGAAUGAUCAGAUCAUUAAUCGAAACGUACGUCCAUGUAGGAUGGCUGCCCGAUUGUCGGAUGACCCUUUGCAAGGGCUUUACCCAAGGCGGCUCAAAUGCAGACAAUGUACUUGUGGAUGCAUACGUAAAGGGCGUUUCCGACGGCAUCGACUGGGAUCUGGGCUAUCAAGCAGUCGUCAAAGACGCUGAAGUCGAGCCCUAUGACUGGUCCAACCAAGGUCGCGGCGGUCUGGACAGCUGGAAAUCGCUCGGAUACAUUCCUGUGCAAGACUUCGACUACAAAGGUUUCGGCACAAUGACGCGCUCCAUUUCGCGCACGCUUGAGUACUCGUAUAACGAUUUCGUCAUCGCACACUUGGCCUCUCGACUGGGUGGCCGCGAAGCAGACGUCCAGAAAUACCUCGGCCGCAGUGGAAACUGGCAGAAUCUGUACAAGGCAAACCAGACUUCCAUGAACUUCGAUGGCUCCGACACUGGGUAUACCGGCUUCUUUCAACCUCGCUAUCUCAACGGCACAUUCGGCUUCCAAGAUCCCCUCAAAUGUGCCAACACCGACUCGUCCGGGUCCGUAUGCUCUCUCCAAAAUUCCGGCGCCGAGACAUUCGAAUCUUCGAUCUGGGAGUACUCCUACUUCGUACCGCACGACCAAGCCACACUGAUAUCGCUGUUCGGCGGUCCCGAAAACUUUGUCAAACGGCUCGACUAUCUGCACGACCAGAACAUAACAUACAUCGGCAACGAGCCCUCGUUUCUCACCGUCUUCCAGUACCACUACGCCGGCCGUCCUGCAAAGAGCGCUCUGCGCAGCCACUUCUACAUCCCCCGCUUCUUCAGCACAACGCCCGCCGGCCUGCCCGGCAACGACGACAGCGGCGCCAUGGGCUCCUUCGUCGCAAUGAGCAUGAUGGGCCUCUUCCCAAACCCAGGCCAAGACGUCUACUUCAUCAUCCCGCCAUACUUCCCCUCCGUCAGCAUCACGUCCCCCGCCACAAACAAGACGGCAAGCGUCAGAGUCACAAACUUCGACCCCACGUACGCGGCUGUGUAUAUCCAGAACGUGACGCUGGACGGGCAGCCGUACACGCGGAACUGGAUCGAUCAUAGCUUCUUCACCGAUGGCAAGGAGUUGGUGAUUACGGUGGGCUCGACGGAGAGUGCGUGGGGCACCCGUGUGGAGGAUUUGCCGCCGAGUGUGGGCGAGUAUGUGGGCUUUAAUGGGUCUGCGCCUGCGAAGCGGAUGGAGAGGCGGAUGGAGGACGGGAGGGAGGAGGCGGCUGGGAUGGGUCGGAUGGGUUUGCCGUAGAUAUCUUGAACAAGCCUCUAUUCCCAUAUCCCUACACGUGUCCUUGACAAUCGCAUCGC